AAAUUACCAUACAAAUCUGCUGUCUUAAUCUUUGCGCGUAAAUCAUGCAGCGAAAAACAGUGAUUCUGUAAACGGUGAAUUUUCGAUUGGGGCAUGAAAUCAAACCUGUAGAUCUAGAGGAAACAAUUCAGAUAACUGCCGUUGUUAUAUUCCUAUGUAUCCAAAGUGCGAAGAAAGUUCUUCUGCUGACAUCCCGCGGUCAGUUUUGAGUCGAAAUCCCUCAUGCGUCUCAAAAACAAAAGAGCGCCUCUCGGUUAACAGUCACUUAUGCAAAUAUAAGCACUGAAUCAUUCAACCAUAAUUAAUGCGGUAGAAAUUGCGCCUUUUGCAUUUGUUUAGUAGUAUUGGAGCGUUGAUUAGAGUGGGCAGCCAACAUUUCUAAGACGGCGUGAUAAAACAUGAAGAGAACGGCUUGUUUACGCUAAAAUUCAUCCGAGGAAAGAACUAUAUUGCGGGAAGGAGUACAUCUUGUGUCUCUUCCCGCCAAGAAUAUUGACAGAAUGAAAGGGAUAAAAAUCAUAUUGCUGUUUGUGGUGGUUGAAGUGUACCAUUGUAGUGAGCUUCCUUGGCGUAAACACAACAUCUACGAUUCCGCAUUGGACGAUCAAGGUUGCUCUCAAAGUCAACCAAGCUGCCAGGAAUGUCUUUCUAAAGAAGGAAAUUGUGAGUGGUGCAGUGAUGAAUCACUUACAAGCCAGUGUGUGUCGCAAGGAAGCAAAAAUUGCCCGCGCGAAUACAGACGGACAGAAUGCAGUGCUCAAACAGCUGAUAACAGAAAAAGAGGGUCUGUAAUGGCAUACUAUGAUCAAUCUUUGGAUGAACUCAGUGCCGUAAACAAUGUUAUGGCAGAUGACUCGGCAGCCGGGAAUAGCAGUGUGGUAACAAUGAACGUCACCGCGUUCUGUGGCAGCCAAGGAGGUUGCGAGAACUGUACUGCGAGAGAGUUUUGUGUCUGGUGCCAAUCUAAACAAACUUGCCAAGCGUACUACAAUUCUUCAACAACAGAGCAGUCUUGCCCCGAAGAGAAAACAGCGUACAAAGGCCAAUGUAUUUAUCCAAUUGGAGUAAUUCCCUGCCACGAACGGAAACGAUCAUGUAAAAAGUGUCUUCAUCAAGACGCCAUGUGCUACUGGUGCUCAUCGACGGAAAAAUGUGCACGGUUCCCGUCGGUUAAUUUCGAACCAGACGAUUGUCCCAAAGAAGAUUGGCAUCACAAGAAAUGCCCGAUGGCAAAUGAUCUGUUAUGGGUUCUCCUUCCUAUAUUAGCCAUAAUUCUCAUCCCGAUCAUUGUUUACCUCAUAAUUUGGUUGAUAUGUUGCUGUAUGCGGGCAGCCGGAUACGAGCCCCUGGAACCUACGGAACCGUCCAAGAAGAAACACCCUAAGGGUAUCCGACUGAAACCCGGGUCCCCCUCCAACAAGACAGACGAACUAAGAAGGAAAUAUGAUCUCAAUAAUCCGUAAAUCACCAUUUUAGUGCUUUACACCCUGACAUCAGUAUCAAUGUUCUCCAUACUGUUUUUAACACAUUUCAUUUUCUACCGACAAGGAAGAUUCAUUUAAUAAUCAAAGUCUCUUAGGUUGGUGAUCACUUUCUUUAUUCUUAUGAGCCUACUAGAUGAUUCAGCAUUGUAAGGAGAAAUUAGAUGCUGGUCACUCUUAGGUUUACCACAGCUCAUUGUGACGCAAAAAGCACAACUAUCAAACGCAACCAUAUCGUAUAAAUCGUGAGUAAGUAGGGGCUUUAUGUACUGAGGGUUAAAUUUUACAGUGGUAAAAACACUGAUUUUCUCGCGGCCCUAUGACUACUACCCAAUUCACACCGGCAGAACAUGUCUUUUUAAACUGGUUUUACCACUUAUUGCCUCGUGACCAAUCAGAACCAGAUAACCGCAGCGAAACAUAGAGGUCAAGGAACUAAAUCAAGCACUAAGAAAAAACCCAUUGCGAAUGAGUGCUGGAGUUUGAUAGUUCAUCUCAGACACUUGCAUAUCUGCUCUAUACUUAGUAUGUAUUUAUAAUAACAACGUACUUCUGCAAUCGUAUAAUCAUAGUAAAGAUUUAAAUUUAGCGAGAAAAAGAAAGAAGGCAACUAUUUUUAUUUCGUUUCAUUGAAUCCAUGUCUCGUACGAGCUGAAUCCCUGUUCUACGAAAUUUCGCACAUUUUUAAAUAUUCCUUUCUCUACGAAGGGAGAGAAGCGUUAUGCUUCAUGGAGCCUUUGUGUAAAGAUUUCUAACAUUUAAAUGGUAAACACGAAAAAAACACCGUCAAAGUUCAACCAGUCGACACGUAAACGUGGAGGAAAACAUGUGACGGAGCAGUGGAAUUUCCCUUUGCAAUAGUCAAGUUUAUCACAGCUGUCAUGAAUUCUCUAUGAAUUUUCCUGCGUAUAAUAACAUGGACGUGAAAAUCACAAACAGCCCAGACCAGACUGAAUUUUUUGUAAUUGAAAUGGAUUUUGGUGAUA